GUUUAUUUAUUUUAUUAAGCCUUGUUGUGCAAGUUCUCUGGAGCUUGUGCAGAGGCAGCAGCUUUUGCCAGAGGGGAACUGGAAUCCCCUGGUUGGGCCUGGGUUCUCCUGAGGUUUUUUUUCUCCAUUAGAGUUUUGGGUUCCUCGCCACCGUUUGCAUACUGUUUUUGCACUAUCUGCCUGACCGGGGGGGCUGCUUUAGAAUUUUAAAGUUUUACUUAAUUAAUAUUGCAUAUAGGAAUUUAUAGUCUGUUAUAUUUGACCUGUGCUUCUCUCUCCUUUAUCCUAAAUGUGUGCUCUCACUGAGCGUGUGUGUGUGUGUGCGUACUUGUCUGUGUACGUACGUGUGUGUGUGUGUGUGUGUUGUGUGUGUGCGUGCACAUCCGUGUGUGUGUGUGUCUAUGUCUAUGUGUGUUAGUACGUGUGCAUAUUGUGUGUGUGGAGUGUUUUGUACAUGGGUAUGUCUGUCUUCUGUGUUUUCAACCUUUUCUUGUUUCUGCAGGUACAACUUUAAUUAUUUUGCUUAUAGUCAAUAUGUCUCAUGUACAGCUGCUUUGUAACAAUGAAAAUUGUAAAAGCGCUAUAUAAAUAAAGUUGAGUUGAGUUGGAGUUAACCUAACCUAAGCCUAGUGGCAAAGCUCAAUAGUGUCAAUAUUUCACAGGAUUCCAGUGACUGUUAUGCAUAACUACACUGCCAUCAUCUUGUGUCCAUACUGCACAAUAAAUAGAACAGAAUACACUAUCACACGCAACACUAUUAUACAGUAUUUGUGUUUUUGUGGAUGCGACAGGAAAACCUAGUCUAACAGCCUUUAGGACCCAGUUCUGUGCGCGCGAUCUUUUUCUUUGUAGUUAUCCCCCCUUUUCUUUCUUUCAGGAGAAAAAAUAUCCAGUGAGCAGUAUGAGGUUGAGUAAGCAGGAUUGAAGAUCACAGCGGAUCAGGUGCGGUAGUUAAAGAGAGGGAGAAGGGGGCGCGCACUGGAGAGGAUCUGGGGACCCCCGCAAACUGAUAUCGCGCAUCUCAUAUUAUAAUACAUUAUCAUCUCCACGAUGGGAAUUUAUUAACGCUCGUUCACGAUCCACGUGCGCGCUCUUCAGUCACGUUCGUGAUCGCGUCCAGCGUCUGGGAAUAAACUUUCACGUUCCGGUUUUAUUUGAGCCGCUUCCGUUCACAGUAAAUCGAGCUCUGGUGUAUUACAGGUUCGACUUGCAGAAAUGAGGGAAAGGCUGUUUCAUCUUUUCUUAUUCUCUCUAACGCUGUUUUGGCACACAAGAUUUGUGUGUGCAGAUUCCACAACAGACGCCUUUAAAAACAACAUCACGCUGUUCACACGGAUCCUGGACCGUCUGCUGGACGGCUACGAUAAUCGCCUGAGACCCGGACUGGGAGAUCGAGUGACCACCGUAAAGACGGACAUCUAUGUCACCAGCUUCGGCCCUGUUUCAGACACAGAUAUGGAGUACACCAUCGAUGUGUUCUUCAGGCAGAGCUGGAAGGAUGAGAGGCUGAGGUUCGAGGGACCGAUGAACAUUCUCCGUCUGAACAACCUGAUGGCCAGUAAGAUCUGGACUCCAGACACCUUCUUCCACAAUGGCAAGAAAUCUGUCGCACACAACAUGACAAUGCCCAACAAACUGCUGCGGAUCCAAGACGACGGCACUCUUCUUUACACCAUGAGGUUGACCGUUCAUGCCGAGUGUCCGAUGCAUCUUGAAGAUUUUCCCAUGGAUUUCCACUCGUGUCCGCUGAAGUUUGGCAGCUACGCUUACACGACAUCAGAAGUCACGUAUACGUGGACGAAGAACGCGUCUAAUUCGGUGGUGGUGGAGGAGGAGAGUUCCAGACUCAACCAGUAUGAUCUACUGGGACAAACUGUGGGAAAUGAAACCAUCAGAUCCAGCACUGGUGAAUACACAGUAAUGACGGCACACUUUCACCUGAAGAGAAAGAUCGGUUAUUUUGUGAUUCAGACAUAUCUGCCGUGCAUUAUGACCGUCAUACUGUCACAGGUGUCCUUCUGGCUGAACCGGGAGUCUGUGCCGGCCCGGACCGUGUUCGGUGUGACUACUGUACUGACGAUGACCACACUGAGUAUCAGCGCUCGUAACUCACUGCCUAAAGUUGCCUACGCCACCGCCAUGGACUGGUUCAUCGCCGUGUGUUACGCUUUCGUCUUCUCCGCCCUCAUCGAGUUUGCCACCGUCAACUACUUCACCAAACGCGGCUGGGCGUGGGACGGCAAGAGCGUGGUCAAUGAAAAGAAAAAAGAAAAAGCUUCAGUCAUCAAGAAGAACAACGCGUACGCCGUCGCCGUGGCGAACUACGCCCCCAACAUCACCAAGGACACUGUGCUCCCCACUAUUGCCAAGGGCAGCACACCGGAACUGGGCAAAGGCAAAACGGAUGCUAUCAAACAAGCCGAGGCCAAGAAAACCUUCAACAGCGUGAGUAAAAUUGACCGAAUGUCUCGCAUCAUGUUUCCCGUGCUCUUCGGAUCAUUUAACCUGGUGUACUGGGCGACAUACUUAAACAGAGAACCUGUGAUCAAAGACAUGGUGCCGUCCAACUAGAAGAGUCGGGGAUUACAGAACUAAAGACUCGGCCAAAAUCACCCAGGGACUCUCUCUCUCUCUCUCUCUCUCUCUCUCUAUCUCUCCAUCUGCUCCAGACAGACGUGCUCUGGAUUGAUGCCUUUCCAUCUCUUUCUCUCUCAUCUGUCGUCUCUCUUUUCUACAGCGUUUUGCGAGCGACAUUGGCCUUUGUACAUACAGGAUGGUUCCUGGUGAAAAUGCCGUCCCGUAUCUUUACAUUGCAGUAUUUGGAUUAAUGUGUUUUCUGCAAUUCCGUGAGAAUUUGUAUUUUCGAGCUCUUUUGAAAUCUGACCUCUCUCUGUGAUAUAGAUUAGCAAAUUAUACUCAUUUAUUUAUUGGGUGUAAAUGUGUUUUUUGGUUUUCGUGGCAGUGCUUGAAUAGUGUUGAAUAGCUGGUGUUUUUUUGAUUUUUCUAAGAUCAAACUCUUGUGGUUUGUGCUGGGCCCAUACACAAAAAAGACAUGACAACUGUUUACACACAUCUGUGCUUUUUACUGUUGCUUUGUGAGGUUGUUUUCAAGUCAAAACUAUUAACCAACUUUUAGAAACCAGAAAAGUCUAUGUUUAAAACUGUUGAGUAUAAAAACAGACAGAAAGUGUGUGUGCUGACCGCACGGACAGUGGUUUUACGUGACAGGACUGAGAUGUUCACAUGGUUUCUGUUUGUUUUUAUGAAACCAGGAUGAAGUCCGAAUGCUGUCGAUGAAGUUUAUGUUGUACAGAAUCCAGAAUAUUCCUUGGAUGAAACAUUCAAAAGGUUCUGGAUGUGUUUACUGUCAGUUUUUGACCUUUAUAACAG